CAAUGUGUUUGAACGAUAAAAAUGGAUGUAGAGACGAUCCUUGCUUCGAAGGAGUUGAAUGUAUUGACGUUCCGGCUCCUGGAACAGGAUUCCAAUGUGAAAAAUGUCCAAGAGGAUACCUAGGAGACGGAAUAGUUUGUUAUGCUGUUUGCGAUGAGCCAAUUAUCGACAACGGGCAAAUGAUUGCUGGAAACAUUUCUGUCGGAUCCUCUGUAACAUUCGAAUGCAAUAAAGGAUUUGAACUUGUUGGGCAGCAAACCAUCACUUGUGGUAACGAUAACGAGUACGAUUCACCAGUCCCAACGUGUGAAGAUCAAGAUGAAUGUCUAACCUCUCCUUGUCACGCGGAUGCCAAUUGUCAAAAUAUUGACGGAGGUUUUCUGUGUUUUUGCAAAGAAGGAUACGUGGGCGAUGGAACAAACUCUUGUCAAGCUGCCGUCUCGAUCGAAUAUUUCAAUUGUGAUGUUUUGGGCAAUGACACAAUCCGUGUUAGCUGGCUAGUACCGCCAAAGUGGAGAAAUUCUCUUGUUAUCGACCAGUUUAUCGUUUCUUGGAAUCCACGCGAAGACUUGUCGUAUGACACAGAGGAAGAAUUGAAGACAUAUUUUGAUGAAUUCGACGACUACGAAGAAAAACUGAAUGAUGUCAUCGAAACGGAAACCGUGCCGUCUUUAAAGUACAGAGCAAUUGCGCGAAAUGAAUCUUCAUUUAUCAUAACCAAUCUCCGCCCAAGCACGCUAUAUUUUAUUAGACUCAGGAUGCAAAUCACCGAAGGGCUUGUAGAAAACCCAACUCGAUCAUGUGUGAAAGUAACGGGAGAAGGACGUGAGUUUGAUAGCUUUUGCCACGAUUUAUACGAAUGUGAAAUCAUUUUUGUCCAUUUUACUCUCUUGAUUACAAAUACACGAGCCUUUCGAAUAUGAGUUUUUAAUUGUGGAGUGGGAUUUUACUCACUAUUUGCCUUGAUUUGAUUCCGGUUUCAGAUUAUCCAAUGUUUUACAACAGUAUUUUUUCGAAGUGUAUUCGUUGCGACGAUUGCCGCAAAGUUUCAAAGUAUCUGU